CAGCCGCAAUCAAAGAAACGAGAUCAUUAGAAUGUUACAAAUGUAAUGCGACCUUGUUAGCAACCAAGUGCUUGAGAAAUUCCCGAGUUGAAAGCUGCUCUCGAGAGGGCGAGUCAGUUUGUAUGAGUGUUGAUGCCUCAGUGACAGAUUUGAAGGGAGAUAAGUCAAUUCUGUUCUUAAGGCAAUGUUCGUCCAAGACAGAAUGUUACUCAGCCCAGCCGUGCAGAGAUAUCAAACUUCACCUGUGGAGAGAGAGGCCUGGGCUUCUUGUAGAGCCCAGCUGCCGCCCACAGUGCUGUGCCGCUGAUCGUUGCAACCAUCCUGUGGGGACACUAGAUUUAAUAACAUCGAGCACUCAUAAAAUUCUACCGACAUCAGCUGGACGAAAAACUCCAAAGAAGUGCUUUGAAUUCGAGCCAAAAUUCGUUUCAAAUCUAAAUGGAAGAAAACUACGCGAGAAGAGAUGUUUGAAAAAUGGUUCUUACGAAUGGUGCUUCUCUUUACAAGCGCAGGUUUUAGACAGAUGCACGAGGAAAGUUACCGCUACGGAAUGGAGAGAUUGCGAUACGGAGAGUCGUGAUUGUCAUGCAAUCGCCAACAAAUGUGCAGUGCUAAUGGAACUGGCAACUAACAGAGGAGCUGAAGUGAAAACUUGCUCUGUUAGGUGUUGUAGAGAAGAUCUUUGUAACGCGUUUGGGGGACAAAAAUUUCCAACUAACAUGCAACUAGAAAUCGAGAGAGGUGAUGCUGGUCGACCGAUGAGGAUAGGCCAAAUUUCAAUAUUGCUAUCAAUAUUUCCCUUACUUAAUUCACUGCUUUAAAAAGCCUUCAAAUGCGAACUGCCAGUGAGAAGAACAGAUAAUUUUCACGUUUGCACACAUUUAGUUUUUCCAUUAAAAUAACAUCCAGAAACAGAAUUCAUAGGACUUAGUGGGGGUAUCUAGCCAAAAAACCAAUGUUAUCCGGAAAUUCAGUUAUUAAUGAAACAAAAGUUGACCAAAUGCAUAAAUUACCGCAUCAUUCGGAAAACUGUGGAAACGAAUUUUAGGAUCUUUUUUCCUGUUUUUAUCCAAAUGUG